AGGGGAGGGGAAAGCAACGCAGAGAUCGCAGAGACGGAGGAGACGCCAGCGUCUGCAGAGGUGCAGAGCCGGGUCUCUUCGGGCUCUCGGUGCCCCAGCCCUUGGCACGCAGCUGGGCCAAAGAACAGCGCAUCCUUUCGGUGCGGGCCCGCAGGGCCCCUGUGGUCGGCAAGCUGGCUCCCCGAGUGGCCACCGGGACCCCCGAGCCCAAUGGCGGGGGCGGCAGCAAAAUCGACAGCACGGUGGAGAUCGCCCCCAGCUCCAACGGACAGGUCGGGACCCUCGGAGACGCGGUGCCCACCGAGCAGCUGCAGGGUGAGCGGGAGCGCAGGAGGGAGGGGGAGGGCGACGCGGGCGGCGGCGGGCUGGGCAGCAGCCUGUCGCUGGCCGUGCCCCCGGGCCCCCUGAGCUUCGAGGCGCUGCUCGCCCAGGUGGGGGCGCUGGGCGGCGGCCAGCAGCUGCAGCUCGGCCUCUGCUGCCUGCCGGUGCUCUUCGUGGCGCUGGGUAUGGCCUCGGACCCCAUCUUCACGCUGGCGCCCCCGCUGCAUUGCCACUACGGGGCCUUCCCCCCCAAUGCUUCCGGCUGGGAGCAGCCCCCCAAUGCCAGCGGCGUCAGCGUCUCCAGCGCCCUGGCAGCCAGCGCCGCCAGCCGCGUCGCCGCCAGCGCCACCAGCACGGACCCCGCGUGCAGCGGCUUCGCCCCGCCAGACUUCAACCAUUGCCUCAAGGACUGGGACUACAAUGGCCUGCCGGUGCUCACCACCAACGCCAUCGGCCAGUGGGAUCUGGUGUGUGACCUGGGCUGGCAGGUGAUUCUGGAGCAGAUCCUCUUCAUCUUGGGCUGUGCCUCCGGCUACCUGUUUCUGGGUUACCCCGCGGACAGGUUUGGCCGUCGUGGGAUUGUGCUGCUGACCUUGGGGCUUGUGGGCCCCUGCGGAGUAGGAGGAGCUGCUGCCGGCUCCUCCACAGGCGUCAUGGCCCUUCGAUUCCUCUUGGGCUUUCUGCUUGCUGGCGUUGACCUUGGUGUCUACCUGAUGCGCUUGGAGCUGUGCGACCCAACCCAGAGGCUUCGGGUGGCCCUGGCAGGGGAGUUGGUGGGGGUGGGAGGGCACUUCCUGUUCCUGGGCCUGGCCCUUGUCUCUAAGGACUGGCGAUUUCUACAGAGAAUGAUCACCGCUCCCUGCAUCCUCUUCUUGUUUUAUGGCUGGCCUGGUCUGUUUCUGGAGUCCGCAAGGUGGCUGAUAGUAAAGCGGCAGAUUGAGGAAGCCCAGUCUGUGCUGAGGAUCCUGGCUGAACGGAACCGGCCCCACGGGCAGAUGCUAGGGGAGGAGGCCCAGGAAGCCCUACAGGAACUGGAGAAUACCUGUCCUCUCCCUCCAACAUCCACCUUUUCCUUCGCAUCCCUCCUCAACUACCGCAACAUCUGGAAAAAUCUGCUUAUCCUGGGCUUCACCAACUUCAUCGCCCAUGCCAUUCGCCACUGCUACCAGCCUGUGGGAGGAGGAGGGAGCCCGUCUGACUUCUACUUGUGCUCCCUGCUGGCCAGCGGCACAGCAGCCCUGGCCUGUGUCUUUCUGGGGGUCACCGUGGAUCGAUUUGGCCGCCGGGGCAUCCUGCUUCUCUCAAUGACUCUCACUGGCAUUGCGUCCCUGGUCCUGCUGGGCCUGUGGGAUUAUCUGAACGAAGCUGCAGUCACCACCUUCUCUGUCCUGGGACUCUUCUCCUCCCAAGCCGCUGCCAUCCUCAGCACCCUCCUUGCUUCGGAAGUCAUCCCUACCACUGUCCGGGGCCGUGGCCUGGGCCUAAUCAUGGCACUUGGGGCGCUUGGUGGUCUGAGUGGUCCAGCCCAGCGCCUCCACAUGGGCCAUGGAGCCUUCCUUCAGCAUGUGGUUCUGGCGGCCUGUGCCCUCCUCUGCAUCCUCAGCAUUAUGCUCCUGCCGGAGACCAAGCGCAAGCUUCUGCCUGAGGUGCUCCGGGAUGGGGAACUGUGCCGCAGGCCUUCCCUGCAGCGGCAGCCACCACCUAGCCGCUGUGACCAUGUCCCACUACUAGCCACUCCCAACCCUGCCCUCUGAGCAGCUUCUGAGCACUGGCGGGAGGCUGGCCCAUACGGAAAGGUGCAAAGGGCCCUGGCAAGAUAGAACAGAAAGGCAGGGCCACCCAAAAGGCUCAGAGACACCUCACGCCAGCCAUCAAGGAGUGCUUGGAGGGUUCCCAACCUCAUCUCCUCCCUGCUUUGUGUUCACUUAGUCAGCAAGAAUCGGGACACGGGGAGAGCACUACACUGUAACCACUGGGUCUGGGCUCCAUCCUGUGCCCAAAGACGUCGUCCCAGACCCCAUUCUUUCUUGCUCUAUCAUUCUGUUUCAAUAAAGACAUUUUGAAUAAAUGAGCAUAUCAUA